AUGAGAGGGUAUCUUGCUCCAUACAAAGGCACAAAUAUUCGUUAUCAUUUACCAGAUUUUCAACGUGGACAUACGACUGCUAUUCGUGAAACUCGUGGACCGAAAGAGAAAUUUAACUAUCUCCAUUCAUCAUUGCAAAAUAUCAUUGAACGAAAUUUUGGAGUGUGGAAAGCUAGGUGGGCGUUAUUAAGAGACAUGCAUGUUAAUUACAAGUACAAGAACCAAGUGAAAAUUAUGAUAGCAUCGAUGGCGAUCCAUAACUACAUUAGAAAGGUUGGUAGGUUUGAUGAAGCGUUUAAUAGGGCACAACAAGAAUCCUACAAUCCCGUACGAGGUGAUACCGGUAGUGAUGUUUACGAAGAAGGUUCAAGUACACGUCGCACGAGCGAGGAUGAUUUAUAUAUGGCAGCGAUACGGGAUAUUAUUGCACAAGAUAUAAUCACAUUACGUAGAUGA